AUGGAAUUGGCUAUCGUCAGGAAGGAGACUUUAGGAGUGGGCAAAGGCACCUCCACAGAGACACAGACAGUUACUAAAUUCGAAAUAAUGGAUGGAGCACCCGUUAAAGGUGAGUCAAUUCCUAUCCGACUGUUCCUGGCGGGCUUUGACCUGACACCGUCGAUGACUGACAUAUGUAAACGGUUUUCGGUUCGGUACUACCUCAACUUGGUGCUCAUUGAUGAAGAUGACCG